AUGGAUGCACGUAAUCCCUUUUCAGACAGCGCAGCACCCAGUGUUGUGGCUAGUGUUGGGUCCAGUGCUGCUUAUGCUGCUCAAGGCAGUAUUGAUGAGUUGCCUAUUCGAGAUUCGACCUACAGUCGUGCGCCAGUGAAACGGAGGUUCAAGAGCUAUUUGUUGACCGGCGAUUAUGAACGACCCUGGGUGAACGAUAAGCGGUUGAAGAGAAUCCGUAUAAAUAAUUACAUUAUCUGGGGAUUUUUGGCCGCAGGAGUGGCCGUGAGCGGUUAUAUAAAUUACCACGCGACAACUCAAGUGCCCAAGCAUAGUUACUGUCUCAUAUUGGACGAUGACUUCUCAACUUUGAAUACGAACGUUUGGAAUCGUGAAGUUCAGGUCGGAGGCUUCGGCACUGGUGAAUUUGAGUGGACCACAACCGACGACCGUAAUGUUUUUGUGGACCAGGAAGGUCUUCACAUCGUCCCAACCCUCACCACAGAUACAACACCCAUCACCGCGGCCGAGAUCACCAAUGGCUACACGCUUAAUCUCACACAAGCGGGUGGCGAUGGUUCUUGCACAGGAACAACCAAUGAAGCAUGUUCCGUGCGCUCGAACAGCACUUUGGGUACUGUAAUCAAUCCAGUCCGUUCGGCUCGCUUGAACACCAACGGUAGCAAGUCUAUCACGUAUGGCCGAGUUGAAGUCGUCGCCAAGCUCCCAGCUGGUGAUUGGCUGUGGCCUGCAAUUUGUGAGCAUUUCACCCCAAGUUGGUCUUCGUCCGAGAAAAGGCAGCUUACCAAAUUUACAACAGGGAUGAUGCCUACCAACGAUGUCUAUGGGGCAUGGCCCGCCAGCGGCGAGAUUGAUCUUUCGGAAAGCCGAGGCAACGAAAUCUCCUACGCCAACGGCGGCCGGGAUGUCAUGUCUAGCUCCAUUCACUGGGGCCCGACCUCAGGCUUAGACGCAUUUUGGCUCUCAACGCGCGGCAAGGCUCUGCGCCGAACAGAUUUCACCAAAGGGUUUCAUACUUUUGGCCUUGAAUGGUCAGAAGAUUACAUGUUCACCUGGGUGGACAAUCCACUGCAACAAGUCAUGUAUUGGGCUUUCCCCAAAAACACAAACAUGUUCCAACGCGGCCAAUUCACUGGACGGACAGCGAAUAAUUCGCUGGUGACCGACCCAUGGUCGCAUACUGGUCGACCUAACUCGCCUUUUGAUCAGUCGUUUUACUUAAUAUUAAAUGUGGCAGUUGGUGGCACAAAUGGGUGGUUUGAAGAUGGCAUUGGGAAUAAACCCUGGACAGAUGCUGGCCAUGGGGCCGCAGAUUUCUACGCAAGUAUGGAUCAGUGGUAUCCAACCUGGGCCAACGGUUCCUCUCGCGGAAUGACCGUGAAGUCGGUCAAGAUGUGGCAGCAAGGUGCCUGCCCUUGA